GCCCUCUUCCAAAAUAGUCCUUCGUCAGGGCCAAGACCCUCUCCAGAACCGCUUCUAGUUGAGCAGAACCAGUGCUGCGCCCCUUUGCGAAGGAGGACUAGUACUGAGCUUGGUCUGACUCCAGAGCCUUCAGCUCUUCUUCAGAAAGAUGUCAGAUGAAGAUGAUUUGGAUGACUUUGAGCCAGACCUGGAUGAUCUGGAAAAGGAAGAUGAUGAGGAGACAGAGGAGUGGGAGGAUGACAGGAAAGAGGAAGAAGACAUCUCGGAGAAAUGGAUACCCACUCCUCUCACAGCGGACAUGAUGAAGGAAGGGCUUUCUCUGCUCUGUAAGACGGGCAAUGGACUGGCUCACGCUUAUGUCAAGCUAGAGGUUAAAGAGAGGGAUCUGACAGACAUCCACUUGCUGAGUUCUUACAUCCAUCUACGCUAUGUGGAUAUUUCUGAGAACCACCUGACGGAUUUGUCUCCACUCAAUUACCUCACCCACCUGCUUUGGCUCAAGGCUGAUGGCAACCAGCUGCGGAGUGCCCAGCUGAAUGAACUGCCUUACCUGCAGAUUGCCAGUUUUGCUUAUAACCAGAUCACUGACACGGAGGGCAUAUCUCAUCCUCGUCUGGGCAGCCUGGAUCUCAAAGGGAACCUCAUCCACACCGUGACAGGUCUGGACCCCCGAAAGCUGAUCAGCCUGCACACACUGGAGCUGCGGGGGAACCAGCUGAACAGCACCCUGGGAAUCAACCUUCCUAAGCUGAAGAAACUCUACUUGGCCCAGAACAUGUUGAAGAAGGUGGAAGGCUUAGAGAACCUGAGCAAUCUCACUACCUUGCAUCUUCGGGACAACCAGAUCGAAACUCUGAGUGGCUUCUCUGGGGACAUGAAAUCACUGCAGUACCUCAACCUGAGGAGAGCAAGACCCUGGCCCCAAGACCUGAGAAGAUUCCCAGUUAGGGGGGCCACCACAUUCACAGUCCUCAUCCAGAAGCAAAGGAUGCCUUCUCUUGCUCCAGCCCAGGGAACUCAUCACAGCCUCCCGCCCAGGUUCUGGGAGGGGUGCCUGGGCAGCGGUGCAGGUGGGCCUGGGCCCUGCGUAGAGCCUAGGCAGGGGCAGCACUGCUGGGAGCCAGGCCUGCAUGGGCUGGGGCGGGAUGGCGGGCGGAUACCUGCAGAGUUGGCUGCGGAGGGGCUGCGGAGGCAGCGGGCUAGGGUGAUGUGAACAGUGCAGUUUCUGAAUAAAGAGACAUUUUCAUACUCUUGCGCCUGACCAGGUUUGUAAGACACUGUCAUGGGCUUCAUUGGCUGAUGACUGGUGUGAGGCUGUGUCUGUUACUUCCUAGGGGGUCAGGCGUGGGUCUGAGGGCGCGUGGGCAAUGGGGGGCCAGGGCCUGGGUCGCCUCCGUCCCCCCACCCCUCCCCCCGACUCCAUCCCCGGUCUGUCCCCCACCCGCGCCGCUACGUGCGCCUCCGCCCGCGGCUCCUGACUCAUCGGGGGCUCCGGGUCACAUGCGCCCGCCCGGCCC